AUGAGUAACAUUUGGGAUAUGAUUCGAGUUGUUCUGUUCGGAUCGCAAAAUGAUGCGUCUCGCGACAGUGCUUCUGCUUUUAACCCCGCGCAAGACAUCCCAUCGAUGGCAGGCAAGGUCGUCUUCAUCACGGGUGCUGCAGGUGACCUCGGUCGAGAAACGGCCAUAGCGCUAGCUCGUUAUGGCCGGCCUAGCCGCAUCUACAUCGCAGAUCUGCCACGCAGCGACGACGCCAAACAAGCUCUGGUCAACCAAAUUGCUUAUGAGGUAUAUGGGGAUAAUAUACCCCCCACCUCAGAAACGGGCGUUACAACGCCGACCGAGUUCCUUUUUCUUGAUCUGGACCUUGCGUCUUUCAAGAGCGUUCAAAAAUGCGCCCAGAAGUUUGCUACUCAAGAAGUACGGCUAGACAUUCUCAUCCUGAAUGCAGGUAUCAUCCGCGUCCCUCCGGCGACAACCAUGGAAGGCUAUGAGAUCCAUUUUGGAAUCAAUUAUCUGGGCCAUGCCUUGUUGACCCGUCUGUUAACGCCGGUGCUGCUUCGCACUGCGCAGCAACAGCCUGGCGCUGAUGUACGCGUCGUUGUUGUGUCAAGCGAGGGACACAUUUCGGCGCCUAAAAAAGGCGUCGAUUUCGACAUUAUUAAGACCAGCUGUUCGAAUCUGCCAUAUCCAAAGCGCUACGGCCAGAGCAAAGCGGCCCUCAUUGGCUUAAUGAACGUGCUCAGCAGUGACUAUCCACAGAUUAAAGCGGUCGCAAUACAUCCAGGGAGAGUUCUUACGGGCAUGGCUAGGUCGUUGUGGAAAGAAAGUACCCUUGCACGUUUGACAAAGCCUAUUGCACCGUUCUUCUGUGUGCCUGUGACUACUGGGAUCAGAAAUCAUCUAUGGGCCGCCACGAGCUUAGAGGCUGUAAGCGGCACAUAUUACGAACCUGUGGGCGUGCCUGGAAAGUUGUCACCUGCCUUGCAGGAUCAGGGUUUUCCGCAAAGACUCCGAGAGUGGACCGAUAACGUCCUGGGCGGAAUCGAGCCUCUUGAGUAG